AAAUGGUUCUUUCCCCUCCACAGUGUACGGUAACAGAGAUCGGGAAGUGGAACCCCUCUGUGCGGAAAUCGGAAUAUCUCAGUUCUCCGAUCAGAUCUAUACGACGUCGUUGCAGCGAUAAUGGCUCCGUUCAGCGGCGAUGAGACGGCACCAUUUUUCGGCUUCCUUGGAGCCGCGGCUGCACUCGUCUUCUCCUGUAUGGGAGCUGCCUAUGGCACAGCAAAGAGUGGGGUGGGCGUGGCUUCGAUGGGUGUGAUGAGACCGGAGCUGGUGAUGAAGUCUAUUGUUCCUGUUGUUAUGGCUGGAGUUUUGGGUAUUUAUGGUCUGAUUAUUGCUGUUAUUAUCAGUACUGGUAUUAAUCCCAAGGCCAAAUCUUAUUACCUCUUUGAUGGUUAUGCUCAUCUCUCCUCUGGUCUUGCCUGUGGGUUGGCCGGUCUCUCUGCUGGCAUGGCUAUUGGUAUUGUUGGUGAUGCUGGUGUUAGGGCCAAUGCGCAGCAGCCAAAACUUUUUGUUGGAAUGAUUCUCAUCCUCAUUUUUGCUGAAGCUCUUGCCCUGUAUGGUCUCAUUGUUGGUAUUAUUCUCUCUUCUCGUGCUGGUCAGUCUAGAGCUGAUUAAGAAAGAUGUGCUGCAAAAUAUUCUUUAAAUCUCCCAAUCUGUUUUAACCUUAUUGUGAGGACGAUGGGGGUAAAUUGUUAGUUGUGAGGUUAGUGAUGUCCACUUGGAGGAUUUAACAAAUACUUGUGUGUGAAAGCAGUAGCUGCACCAGUCAUUUUUGUGUUUGUAUAAGUAGUCUUUGCUUAAUAAAGCUUCUUAAGCUUCUUUUUCCCCCUUUGUGCCAUAUGAUCUUAGUCUUCAAUUUUUUUGCUGCUGCCAUAAGCCUUUGUAAUUUAUAUGUAGUAACGGGUCUUUUAAUAUUGGAUGCUGGUGUAGCUAAACCUUGCCUUGUGUUUUGGUCAGUUGUAUAAUCCUAAUCGACAUGGAUCUUCUCAAUAAAAGAGCAUUUUGAGUAUUCUAAUAUUA